AUGCAAUUCAAGUCCUUGUUUGCUGUGGCUGCCCUCUCCGUGUUCGCCGUCGCCAAUAACUCUACUUUGACCACCGCUACCCCUUCGGUCUCCAGCGGCUGUUCUUUCAGUGACUUCACCGCCACCGAAAACGGCCAGGUCCAGUCCGUCCAGGCCUGUGCCACCGCCGUGGGUGACGUUUUCAUCUCCGGCUCCAACAUCGACCAGAUCGACUUGACCGGUGUCCGUGAAUUCUACGGUGACUUGAAGAUCAACGGCACCAAGGCCACCGUCUUCAACGCCCCAGACUUGCAAUUGGUUUCUGGUGAGUUGUCCGUGUCCCAGUCCACUCUUUUGGGUACCGCCAACUUGGCCCAGUUGACCACCGUCGGUACUUUGAACUUUGACGGUUUGCCAUCUUUGGAGAAGACCGGCUUGGCUUCCGGUAUCACCUCUGCCGAGUCCAUCACCAUCUCCAACACUGGUUUGCACUCUCUUGACGGUAUCAACGUCUACAAGUUGAAGGUUUUCGACGUGAACAACAACGCCGACAUUGAGUCCAUCGACUCGGCUUUGCAGUCCGUCACUGACCUUUUGCAAAUUAACUACAACGCCGACAAGGUCGAGGUUGUCUUGGACGAGUUGACCUCUGCCAACGACGUUGUGUUUGAGAAGAUUUCUUCUCUUUCCACCGCUAACUUGACCUCCAUCAACGGUUCUCUCUCCAUCUCCAAGAACAGCUUCGACAGCUUCGAGUUCAAGGAGCUUACUCAGAUUGGCAAGUCUCUCUCUAUCAACGAGAACGACGAGUUGGAGGAGUUUGACUUCCCUAAGUUGAAGUCUAUUGGUGGUGCUUUGAACAUCCUCGACAACGAGAAGCUCAAGUCUUUCUCCUACUUCCCUAAGUUGGAGACCAUUGGCGGCUCUGUCAACAUUGACGGUGACUUUGACAACGGAACUUUCCCAGAGAUCAACAGAAUCUCUGGUGGUUUCAACCUUUCCACUUCCGGUGACUUGUCUUGUGACGACUUCACCAAGUUGAACUCCAACGGUGACGUCAGAGGUGACAAGUUCUACUGUCGUGGUGCUUCUUCCACCGUUUCUUCUUCUUCUUCCAAGAGCGGUAACUCUAACGGUGAGUCCACCUCUUCUGGUGGUUCUGGUUCCGGUUCCGGUUCUGGCUCCGACUCCACCUCCACUUCUUCUGGCUCCAGCGCCGCUGGCAUUGCUGGUGUUUCCACCUCCUUGGUUCUUUUGGUCACCUUCGUUUUGGCCUUCUCCGGCGUGGGUGUUGCCAUGUACUAA